AUGGCUGAAUCAGAAUCUCAGGAAGGAAACUAUGAUAACAGAAGAAAGAAUGAGGAGAACUUGAGAAAGGACAUGAAACGAUUUCUGGAGCAAAUGGAAAGACUAACAGUGCGUGCAGCCUGCACAGUCUACAACUGUGCAACCAUCAAGGCCAACCCAGACCUGCUCAGCACCAGGAAGCACUUAGAAGAAGCUUUCCUAAUGUGCAGAGAGCAGAUAGAGAAGAAAUGGCAAGAGGUGCUAAUGGAAUCCAGAGGUGAAGGGCAAAAAAAGGAAUAAAUUGAACUUGUUCAUGCUGGCAGAAUAACAGCCCUUGGAAAAUCACUUAGGUCCUUUCUUCUCCUAGCUGUGGAGGUUUCACAGGAAUGUGGGAAAUGGAUUGGCUUUUCUCUUGCUAGAACUACUUAUUUGUGAAUGUUCGUGGAAGUAUUUUAAUGAGAUUACACAUAUAGCUUUUAUAGAUGAGGGUAAAAGGCAACAAUGCAUGUAUUUGCAUAAUGCCUAUCAGUAAUCCCUGUAGUGUUUGCACACACAAUGGACACACCCUCUCUCCUUUUCCUGGAAGAUCAUACUCACUGUAUGGUCAAUAUAACUGGAAUUCUUUGAGAUCUGAAGAAAUUGGAGGGAUGGGGAACAGGGCUGCUGUAGAAAACCAUCACUGUGGCAUUGCACUAGCCCAUAGCUUUCAAAGAAAACUGAAGAAUUGCUUAUUUACCCAAAUGAAACACAGGUGAAAUUCUAGAUUUGCAGAUAGACUGAGUUGGUUUUAUUUAGGAUUAUCAUCUAGAUGUUCAGUUACAUAGUUUUAUUAUUUAGACAGAUCAUCUAUAGUGGUUUCAUCUUC